AUGGAGGGCGCAUAUCGCGACAAUCAAAACUCAGAUACCUCAUGGACGGUGACCCUUGUGGUAAAGCAAGAUACUGAUUUUUGCAGUCAUUACAUACAUUCUCAAGUAACAUUCUAUGUCGGGUCGCCAUACAACAGAAGCCGUGACGACGAAUGCGAGACAAUCUACGGACACUUGUGGAAAGAAUUCUUUGUGCGCCUAAUUCUGAUCUCUGUUGAUGCAGUGAAAGGGGUAAACCUGGAAACGUCAUCUCCAAUCAAUAUGCUGGAAAAAGAUCUCUUUUAAAAGGCUAGAUUUUAUAUGUCGCGUCAGUACUUUGUUAAAUAGUACAGUACUGGUUUCUGUUUGUAUUAAUGAGUAAAAACCCGAAUCUUACAAACUCUGGAAGUUCCAAUUGCGGUCUUUGUCAGUUUUUAAGUUUUACAGCGUCUCUCUUCUCUUUCCGCAUCGGAGUCGGGUCACUGGAGUAGACGAUAUUCAAGAAAGUUUUCCUCAUUCCAGGUCAAGUUGUCGAUCUCAUGCUUUUGCUACUUUCUGCCUCCUUCCCCCCUUCCAAUCUU